GCGAUCGGCAGUCUAUUUUCGGAGCCUAGCGGGCCAUCCUUGACCAAGAAUAUGGAACGUGAAAACACAGAAGCUACAAGUAUGGAAGCAGAAAAUUUGGAAAUAGAAAAUAUGGAUGCAGAAGUCAAGGGACCUAAAAAUAUGGAAAUUGAGACUCUUUCAUCUGUUUUGGCACUGCAAGCACUGUCUAGUCUUCUUAACCCUGAAGAAGACGAUGAAUUUGACUCUGAACAGACACAAUGCUCAUCUUCUAUUGGGGCCAUGGGUCCUGGAAAUAUUGGACCACCUAAAGCAAAGGAGAUCAAAGCUGUUCCUACAUCCAGUAGUGAUGAAACUGAGAACAUCUGGACUCCAGAAGAAGUUCCUGAGGGUGCAGAGCAUGAUGAUAUGUGGGACAUUCGAGAACUCCCAGAAUAUGAAAUUGUGUUCCAACAGCAGGUGGGAACGGAGGAUAUAUACCUAGGAUUAACAGGAAAGGAUCCUUCAACAGCAUAUUGUCAGGAGCUAUUGAUUAAAAUUAAACUGCCUGAUACAAACCUGUCUGAUAUUCAAAUUGAUGUCCAGGAAAUGAUCCUUGAUCUCCGCACUCCUAAAAAGAAACUGUUAUUAAACUUGCCCCAGCCUGUGAAGUGUGACAGUGCUAAGGCAUUCUUCACUGCAGAAUCAGAAACCCUUGAGGUCUCUAUAACUCUGCAAAAGGAAUUUACUUUUAUCUGAAAAUGCACUAAUAAAAAGAAGAG